GCGGUGUCCGGGCGGUCCCGGUGAGUCACGGUGCCCCCCCCGCGCCCCCCGGUCCGGCCCGCCCCCGCCGUGCCUAUCCCGGGCCGGACCGCGCCCCGGCACUGCCCGCACCGCCACCGGCACCGAGCACCGAGCCCCGCACGCAGGAGUUUUGGCAGCCCCAGGGCAGGAUGCCGUCGCAGCUGGAGCACGCCAUGGAGACGCUGAUGUUCACCUUCCACAAGUACGCGGGGGACAAGGAGCACCUGGCCAAGGAGGACCUCAGGGCGCUCAUGGACAAGGAGUUCCCGGGGUUCCUCGAGAACCAGCGGGACCCCAACGCCCUGGAUCGCAUCCUGCGGGACGUGGAGCAGAGCCGCGAUGGCCGCGUUGGCUUCCAGGGCUUCUUCUCGCUGGUGGCCGGGCUGACCAUCGCCUGCAACGACUACUUCGUGCAGCACAUGAAGCAGCGCGGCCGCCGCUGAGACCCCCACCCACCCAUGGGUGCCCCCCACCCACCCAGCCGGGGGUGUCACCCCAAACCCACCUCGGGUCCUGUCCCAACCCUCGAUCCCCCUUUGGGGUUCUGAUCCUUUCCCAUGAAGGUCCUGAUCCUCCCCCAAAGGUCCUGAACCCCUCCCAAGGGGCUGAGACACCCCCAGGGGGAUGGAGACCCCCACCCAUGGGUGCCCCCCACCCACCCACCCACCCAGCCGGGGGUGUCACCCCAAACCCACCUCGGGUCCUGUCCCAACCCUCGAUCCCCCUUUGGGGUUCUGACCCUUCCCCAUGAAGGUCCUGAUCCUCCCCCAAAGGUCCUGAACCCCUCCCAAGGGGCUGAGACACCCCCAGGGGGAUGGAGACCCCCACCCAUGGGUGCCCCCCACCCACCCAGCCGGGGGUGUCACCCCAAACCCGCCUCGGGUCCUGUCCCAACCCUCGAUCCCCCUUUGGGGUUCUGACCCCUUCCCAUGAAGGUCCUGAUCCUCCCCCAAAGGUCCUGAACGCCUCCCGAAGGGCUGAGACACCCCCAGGGGGAUGGAGACCCCCACCCAUGGGUGCCCCCCACCCACCCACCCACCCAGCCGGGGGUGUCACCCCAAACCCACCUCGGGUCCUGUCCCAACCCUCGAUCCCCCUUUGGGUUUCUGACCCUUUCCCAUGAAGGUCCUGAUCCUCCCCCAAAGGUCCUGAACCCCUCCCAAAGGGCUGAGACACCCCCAAGGGGAUGGAGACCCCCACCCAUGGGUGCCCCCCACCCACCCAGCCAGGGGUGUCACCCCAAACCCGCCUCGGAUCCUGUCCCAACCCUCGAUCCCCCUUUGGGGUUCUGACCCCUUCCCAUGAAGGUCCUGAUCCUCCCCCAAAGGUCCUGAACCCCUCCCAAGGGGCUGAGACACCCCCAAGGGGAUGGAGACCCCCACCCAUGGGUGCCCCCCACCCACCCACCCAGCCGGGGGUGUCACCCCAAACCCGCCUCGGGUCCUGUCCCAACCCUCGAUCCCCCUUUGGGGUUCUGACCCUUUCCCAUGAAGGUCCUGAUCCUCCCCCAAAGGUCCUGAACCCCUCCCAAGGGGCUGAGACACCCCCAAGGGGAUGGAGACCCCCACCCAUGGGUGCCCCCCACCCACCCAGCCGGGGGUGUCACCCCAAACCCACCUCGGGUCCUGUCCCAACCCUCGAUCCCCCUUUGGGGUUCUGACCCUUUCCCAUGAAGGUCCUGAACCCCUCCCGAAGGGCUGAGACACCCCCAGGGGAUGGAGACCCCCACCCAUGGGUGCCCCCCCACCCCAUACCCAGGGGUGUCACCCCAAACCCACCUUGGAUCAUCCCUUAACCCUAAAUGUGUGCCCUGAUCCCCCUUUGGGGUUCUGACCCCUCCCCAUGAGGUCCUGACCACCCCCCCAAGGGAGCUGGGGAGUUGAGACCCUGCACCCCCCCCCCAAAGGGGUGAGGAACCCCUCCCCACCCAUGGGUGCCCCCCACCCACCCGGGGGUGCCACCCCAAACCCUCCUUAGACCCAGCCCCAACCCUAAAUGUGUGCCUUGAUCCUUCCCCCCGGGGGUCCUGAGCCCACCCGGGGGUCCUGACCCCCCCCCCGGGAGGAUUGAGACCCCCCCCCACCCAUGGGUGCCCCCCACCCACCCGGGGGUGUCACCCCAAACCCACCUUGGGUCAUCCCUUUGACCUUAAAUGUGUGCCCUGACCCCACUUUGGGGUCCUGACCCCCCCUUGGGUGCCCCCAGCCCCCCCCAGGUCCUGUUGGGACCCUUCAGUGUCCCCCCCUCCCCACCCAGGGGUGCCCCCCACCCCGGGGUGCUGCCCCGACCCCCCAAUAAAGGGGUUUUGUAUGA